CAGCCUGGGUUGUUAAAAGUAGAUGGGCAGCCUCUGGCAGGUCUCAAGCAGAGACAGAAGGUAUAAAGCCACACCCCUUUGGGGGGGACUGUGGCAGACUGAUACUUGGGAUGACUGAGGACAGGGGUGGAGCUAGCUGGGGUGGGGGGCAGGAGCCCCAAGAGCAGUAUCGAGCAUGCGAGCAUGCGAGCAUGCUGCGGUGCUAGGAGGCAGCUACAGAGGCCUGAGAAUAUGCGGUUUCUCCCUCCCCUUUCUGCCAUGGACCCCCCAUUGUGGCUUUUCUGUCAGAGCCUCUGAAACUGGUAGAUUAGUCGAGAGCAAUGCCCCAGACCCCCACAAGACUGAUCAGCCCCUAUGGCUCUGAUCGGUUGGUGCAGUUAGCGGCUAGGCUUCGGCCAGCACUGUGUGAUACCCUGAUCUCUGUAGGCGGCCUUGAGUUCCCUGCCCACAGCCUGGUGCUGGCAGGUGCAAGCCCGAGGCUGGGAUGCAGGGGCAGGUGGGCUCUGGUUGAAGGCAUCAGCCCUUCUACCUUUGCUCAGCUGCUAACCUUUGUGUAUGGAGAGAGCGUGGAGCUACAGCCUGGGGAGCUGGGGAACCUUGAAGAGGCGGCCAGAGCCUUGGGGGUGCAGGCCCUGGAAGAGGCAUGCAAGCGAGCUCAAAGGGACAAGAACGAAGAUGAGCUGCAUGGAGGACUGAAGAGGCACCAGGUGUCAGAAGAACUCACGAGGAGUUCUGAGAGAAGACCGGGGGGUCCUGGAGAGAAACAGAGCCCAGAGAAGGAUUUUAGGAGUAACAGGAAAGAACAGGAGACGUUACACAAGCGCAGAGCACCCGGAGAGAGCCCUGAGAGGGCAGGGCUAACUAGGAAGAUGAGAGCAGAGGAGGCCCUCAGCUCAGCCCCUGGGGGCCACAGGGGAGCAGAAAGGAAGCAAGGAGAGGCCAUACAAGGUAUAGAGAGCCCUGAGGGCUCUGAGGAGUGUCUUCGUGGGUGCCCUGGUCCCCUUUCCCUACCAGGUUCCCCCCUAACCCCCCUCAUUCCCAGGCCCUGGUGGGCUGAGGCCCCUUGGUUGGGAGAGGGCCAACCUGGCCUGUGGAGCAUCUUCCUGUGGCCGCCCAGAUAUGGCAUUCCCUCCUCCCUUAGCACCCCCGUCACUGCAGCCUGGCAGGUCUGGCCUCAAGACCAGAGGAUCCCACUGACCUUGAGCCACUCCAAAGGUCUCUGGAGUCAGAAUCAGCUGGCCUCCUCUAGCUCCACUCCAGGCACACUGGCAACCUGUGUGGGUCAAGAAUGCACACUGAGCUGUCCAUCUCACCAACACUCUGCUUUACCCCUUCCUGCUCGCUCCCGGCCCUAUUCUUGCUCUGUCUGUGGAAAGAGGUUUUCACUCAAGCCAGAGACGCAUUACCGAGUCCACACAGGAGAGAAGCCCUUCUCCUGUAGCCUCUGCCCUCAGCGCUCCCGGGAUUUCUCUGCCAUGACCAAGCACCUGGGGUCACAUGGGGCCGCUCCCUAUCGCUGCCCUCUGUGCAGGGCUGGCUGCCCCAGCCUGGCUUCCAUGCAUGCUCACAUGCGUGGCCAUUCGCCCAGCCAGCUGCCGCCUGGAUGGACCAUACGCUCCACCUUUCUCUACUCUUCCUCGAGGCCGACACGGGCCUCCGUCCCUCCCGGGAGUCCUGCCUCCUCCUCUGCCACCUGGGGGGGUGUUGGCAGCUUCUCUGGCUUUGACAAGCGUCCACCCAAAGAAUGAAAGGCAUGCGGGCUCAGCCGGCCUGUGCCUAGGGCUGCCUGGCAAACUUGACUGCAGAAGCGCUGCUCUGCGCUGUGGGACAGGAGCCACGAACCCUGCUGACGAGUCCCAGUGAAAGACGAGUCCCAGUGAAAGACGCUCUGAGUUGGCUGGAGUGGACAUGGACUGGGGACUGUCAGCGUCACCACUAUAAUAAAGUUUCUGUGUUCCCCGUCA